AUGAAAUACAAUGAAAUCUCCCAUUUCAGCCACCAACACAAGCUUAAAUUUGAGCACACAAAAUUUCCAUUCAAGUGUGAUGGGUGCCAUGAAGUUGGUAUAGGCUCACUUUAUAAGUGCACCACUUGUGAUUAUGAUCUUCACCUUCACUGUGCCCUGCCAGCAACUACCAUCUCUCACCCUUUCUACACCAAAUGCUCCUUCCAACUCCUUGCCCGUCCACCGGGCUCUAUCCAACGCUACUGCAACGCUUGUGGGAAGGACGUCACCGGUUUCGUUUACCACUGCAAGUCAUGUGGUUUUGACCUUCAUCCAUGUUGUGCAAAGCUCCCUAGGAUGCUUGAUGAUGGUGAGGUUAAGCUUUAUUUGUACCGGAAAGUUAGCGUCCCAUGUCAUCGUUGUGGGAGGACGGGGAGGAGUUGGAGCUACCGGUCGGAGUGCAAAAAGUACAAUUUAGAUGUGGCAUGUGUGAAGGAUAUGCUCGUGGAGAGCUGGCAUGAUUAUUUGUGUGGCGGAAAUAAUAAGGAAUUCAGGACAACAAUUCCAAGUUUGAAGGGUACACUGCAGACCUACCACCAAAAGAGUAAGGGUAAAGUGCAGAAAUGUUGUGAGAUGGCUGGUUUGGCUUUGCAGUUUGUUGCCUCUGCAGUGCUUGGAGAUCCAACUACUAUGAUUGCUGGGAUUAUUGGCUCACUCAUGUCAAAAUGA